AGAGUUGUAGUUCACGCCUCCCUCCACCUCCUCCUCCUGAGUGUAAUCAGCCGGAGCAACUCGUUCAGCUGGUAACAUGGAGAGACAUCAGGUCUGAGGAGGAGUCAGCUGCACACAAGCAAAGAAAUGGAAGGAUGGUUAGGGCUGAGCCUCAGUGGGCUUGUUGCUCUUUUUGCAGAGGAAUUCACUGGAAGUGUUGGACACACGAGACGGCCCGAGGAAUUCCUGUGAUGCCACUGGACUGCCGUUCCAAACUCUUGGGCACAGAUGAAGAAGAGCAGGAAUGAACAUUUUUGAAGGGACAAAUCUUAUUUGAUUGCUAACUGUGUGACUUGAGGGGUGGACCACUGGUGUCAAACCCCCUCAAUCAUGGUGGGAUCCUCUGCUGGGCUUGCUUGCUGGUUGCUGCUUGCGAUUACUGUUGGUCAGAACUCCCUGGUGACCGGAGGUUGUUCAGGAAAGUGCUGCUGGGGCAGAGACUUGAGCUGCUACACCUCAGACUGGAGAAUGGACCGAUCAUACGGGACGUGCUACUGCGAUGAGAGCUGCGUCAAAACCAAGGACUGUUGCUUUGACUACUUCACAGAGUGCCCAGCUCGGGACUGUGUUGUGAGCAACUGGAGCCCCUGGAGUGGCUGUGCAAAGCCCUGUCAGCUUUCUGUAAGAAGCCGGGUCCGCCACGUAAAGCAGAAGCCCAGUAACGGCGGCGAGCCUUGCCCCAGGCUGGAGGAAAGAGCUGGAUGCAAGGAGUACAGAGACCACAGAGGAAGCCGCUGUGGCCGCAACUCGGAUCCUGCGUUCAUUACUAGCAUGCAGUUUGGGAAGGGAAGGCCCAAACGGGACAGUUAUGGAAAUCCCCUGGACCCCGGGUUCUGCAUGGAGUUGAAGCUGGAGUCCCGGACACCACCUUGCACGGCGGAGAACCGGCCACACACACUCUGGAUGCGCUACAUAGCAGAGGGUUUCAAAGUGUGUGUGACAUGUGAACCUCCUGCUUCACAAAACAGGAGCCUCUGUCAAGGAGACGGUCAGGAUUCAGACAAACAGGCUGUGCUCCACUGGCAGGCGGCGGGAAAUCCUCGGUGCUACGGGACUUGGAGGAAGAUCCAGAGGAUGCAGCAAUGUGACUGCCCACCUCAGCACACCUUUGUCUUCAUUUAAAAGGUUUUUAACAACUGGAACUUAAAUAAAUGAAAAAAAGAAACCUCUUAAAACAUCAAAUUAAAAACCUUACUAUCAGAAUUUUUUUUUUAAAUCUUCACUUAAAGCUUAAUUUCAUCCGUUUUUAUACAUCAAUAUCUUUUUCUGCUGCAAAAAGAAGCACAAAUAGAGCUGCUUUUGUAAAUUUUAUUUCUUUUGCAAGAAAAAACUUACAAUUAUUUGUAUUAAACAUGUUCAUGUA